CUGUUUUUAUCAGCUCUCUAUUCUUUUUAUUAAGUUUUUAUUUAAUUGAGGCAUUGAAGAGACAAAACCCAGACCCAUAUCCAGACACAAAAGACAACUACAGGAUGAUAGUUUGCUGUGAAUAGAUCUGCUGAUUUUUUUGUUAUUUUUUAUUUCGGUUAAUAAUCUAAAUUUAUUAUUAUUAUUGUUGUUAUUAUUAUUAUUAAUUAUAAAUAAUAAAUCUAGUCGUAACAAUGGCAACUGCAGUCGAUGAACAAAUUUCAGUUGAUCUACCAGAUGAUAAAGAACAUCUAUACGAGCCUGUUACUUAUAAUUGGGUAGACAUUACUUCUGAAUUCUUUGAUGCCAUUAAAAGUUUAGAACUGGGUGAGCUGCUUCAUGAUGAAUUAUUCGGAUUAUUUGAAGCAAUGUCAGCAAUUGAAAUAAUGGACCCUAAAAUGGAUGCAGGGAUGCUCUGUAAUCGUGGUAACAAUCAAUUUUAUACAUUUGAACAAGCUGUUGAAUCAGGAGCAAUAAGACUUGACAAUUUAACACCAUCAGAAGUGAUAGGUAUCAUUGAUUCAACGUACGCGUGUAUUGUGUCCUGGCUUGAAGGUCAUAAUCUAGCACAAACUGUAUUUACAAACUUAUAUCUUCAUCAGCCUGCAUAUAUUGUCGACAAACCGCUUAAGACAUUCUGCUACGCAGUCUACCAAAUUAUUGAAGUUAUAAAAAAUUCAAUAAAUCGUGCGAUGGUUUUUGAGGAAGAGGACUUUCAGAAUAUUACUUACGGCUAUAAAUUACACUUGGAAGUUACUGAGAGCAAAACAAUAUCGAUGCUGAAAGAAGUUGAGGAUGAGUUACAUCGUAAGAGUAGAAUAAAACCCGUCAAUGAAGAAACCGAGAAAGAAUAUAACGAUGGGCUUGCUCUGUAUGCCAGGAUAAGAUUCACCAAGAACUUUUUCUUAGCGCUAUCGCUGAUGGGGAAAAAGGACAACGUGGCCCAGAACUUGGGGGACAUUCAAAGACUGCUGUCCAACUGCACAGAUAUGAUUCAAGUGAUGAUCAGAACUGUCAGCAGAGGCGAGAAGUCUGAUCAGACGUCAAAUCACCCGACGAUAAUGGGGUUCGACCCGAUGGUAAAUCAGCGGCUGCUGCCGCCAACUUUUCCGCGGUACACUAAAAUAAAACCACGGACUGAAGCGCUAGAAUACAUGGAAGAGUUGAUAAAUAGAUUGAAGACAGUGAUUAAAGUAACCAGUUGCACGGGUUUCCACAGUGCGCUUGAUUUUUUCUUGGAAUUUUCCCGGCAGAAUCCGUGUAUUUUAUCGCGAUCAAUGCUACAGAUAAUUUAUUUACCUGGCGGUAACCGAGUAUUUGGUGCGCACAAUUUUACAGAUAUUCUAAAAGACGCGGCUAAAAAUUUCACUGCUCCACCCGCGUUGCUGCCCAAGAGCACGCUGCUGCAGAACCACCAGGCGCGCGAGUGCGUCGAGACCUUUUUUUAUCACUGCACGACGCUGUUCAAUAGUUUGCUCCAGAUGAGCGGUCACAAUAGAGCACGACAGAGAGACAUACUGGCCCAUAUACUAGAAGACUUUGCGACUCUCCAUGAUGAGGCUGAGCGAGUUGACCGUCAUCUCAACACGCUGUCGCUGAAGAACGACACGUCGAGGUCUCAUCUCGCUUGCUUUGGCACUUGGUUACUCUAUCACACAGUCCGUGUGAUGGUCAUGUAUCUUCUCAGUGGAUUUGAACUCGAGUUGUACUCAGUGCACGAGUAUCACUACAUCUAUUGGUACCUGAAUCAUUUCCUUUACGGGUGGCUGGUUUCGGCGCUAACGCGAGCCGAUUCCUUUCUUAUGGAACAGGACAUUCACAGUGAGAUGCACAAAGGACGGGGUGGUAAAAAAAGUGCUAAGAAUAAAAAAAAAAAAGUAACACCUCGUCCUUACAGUUUGGAGAUGCUCAUGUAUCAAGUACUGCAGAACAUAUGCGGCGGUUACUUCAAAGCAUUAGUUGGUUUACGUAUGGAUGGCAAAAUACCUUUGCCUGAAAAAGAGUUUGACUCUGAACGUGUUAGAUAUAAACAUAGAUUAUUAUCUCCUUUUUCGUCGUUACUUUUACCACCGGCAGCUAAUUAUGAAAAGUUUUUAGAUCUCACUAAUACGCAUCCGCAUAAAGAUAAUGAAGACAUUACCAGUGAAUUGCAUUAUACAACAGCAUGUAGACAUUUUCAUCGAGCAAAAAACAUGCUAGACUAUGCUCUGUCGUUAUGCCAGGAUAGAAAUUCAAGUUCUGCUAAUGAGAUAAAUGAUUUAUUGAAAGUAACCAAGACGAAUUUCAUUGUCGUAAAGCUGCUAGCUGAUGGUCACAAAAAAGACUCCAAAGAACCGCCAAUAUUUGAUUUCACAUGUCAUCAACAUUUUCCAAUAAUAAAACUCGUGUGAAGUUAUGACUAAUAAAUUUAUAUAUAUAUAAAUAAAUAGAUAUCUCAUCGUCCUUCAUCUGUAACUAAUUUGUUUUUCGUCCGAUUAAAUUUAGUAUUUAUUUUUAAUCCAUUGAAAAUAUAGAAAAAUAAAAACAAAAAAUAAUUUAAUUAUUAAAUUAUUUUAUCUAGCUGUUUAAUUAUAAUUAAUUGUAAAUGUUAAUAUGUUUUAAUUGUUUUAUCAGUCAGCUACAGCAAUAUUGUCUAAAAAAAAAUACUGAAGUAAUCGGAAAUCAAGCGCUUAUGUAUCAAAUCAAAAUUUAUUGAGCGCGUUAUUGCGGUAUUAAUAAUUGUUGAUCAAAUAAAAUAAAACAAGUAAAGUUAAUUAAUUAUUAAGAUAACAGCAAUUACAAAUAAUAAUAAUAAUAAAAAUCUCUAUAAAUAUUUAAAAUGUAAAUGUAACUUGUACAAUUAUUUUCUGUGAAAUUGUUCAAACUGUUGAUUUAUUUAAGGGCACUCUCAGACUUACUCUGAGUAAGCGGGAUGUAGUUAAAUGGAAUGUUCAUAAGUACAAUUUGUCUUAAUGUCACCUAGCAAAAAUAUUUAUCCAUGGACAUGGACAGUGGAGCAGAAUCAAUUAUAAUUUGUUCAGGUUUAAUUAAAUGUAUUUUAAGGAAAUGAAACAUGAUACACUUUUUUUCACAUUUAACAUAACACCAGUGUAUAUUGCGUCACAAUUUUUCUUAUUUGAUACAUAAUAUUACAAUGGUGCAUAAUAAAAUUCUAUACAUAUUAAUUUCUAAUUCUAUUUAAGGGUAAAUCAUAUUAAUUAUGUUUACUUUUUUUUACAUUGUAUUAUAUUUUUUUUAAAUUUCCAUCACCCUGUUUCUCUCCAAGCCGAAGCGCGAUUUUCUAGUUAAAGAAAAUAUUUUUUAAAAUCAAUAAAUAAAAUAAAAAUUUAAAAAAAAACAAUACAUUUGUUCGAUUGUUAACAAACAAUUUGUAAAUUCGCUUCGUCUUGCAAAGAAUUAAUAAUUUAAAUUUAAAUUUGAUUCUUUUCCCUCUACGCUUUAGUUUAUAACUAAUUAAUAAUCCAAAUAAAACUAUCAUUUAAACAAGCACAAACUCAUAUCUAAAAGCAAGAAACAAACUUGAUUUUACAUUUUAUAACAUAUAUUGUUAUAUUUAAUAUAAACAUUGAUUCUAUUUGUUUAUUAUUACUAUUAGUUAGAUUAAUAAUUAGUUUUAUCUAAGUAUAGUAGAUAAAGUUUACAUCAGGAGACAUCUAGUUCUUUUAUUUUUAUUUUUAAUUUAUCUUUAGUGUGUGCUUGUGUAUUCGCAGGUGACGGACAAUAUCUCAAUCUGAAUAAUAUAUUUAAAUUUAAUAUAAAACGCUCAUUGCGUGACUUUAGAGAUUUUCUUUCUAGACUAUUAUUAUUAUUACUACUUUUUUUUAACCAUUUAACGAUGGAUAUUUUUCUCACAAUCUUGCACAUUUACAUAAUAUAUACCGCAUACAAGUAUAUAUAUAUAUGUGAUAUAUAUUAGCAACUUGCUUGGCAUUUUUAUUUCGCUUACAUAUUUUUCAAUGCGACAUUAAAUUUUUUUUAUCAUACUAUUAAUAAUAUAUACAUAUACAUGUAUAUAUAUUUAUUAUGGUUAUCAUUAUAUUUUUUAUACAAAAAAAAUUUCUAUUAUAAUUUGAAUAUUUUUAUUCGUUUUAUCAUGUCAUUAUUAUUUGGUUAAUUGUAUAUAUUUAUAGUACGUGUUGAUACAUUUAUGUUGCUCACACACUAACUUUUAAUAUUAUUAUUAUUACUUUAAUUAUAUAUAAUAAUCCAUAUGAAUCUAUAUAAUUCUAACUGGGUAAUUG